AACACGAAGGCCGCUAGGUUCUUUCGUUCGCGUAUAAAAUAAACUCAAGUUCCUAGAUUUUCUGCAAUUAAGUAUAUUUGAUUACUGACGAACGUCGUUACGGUGCAAGGUGAAUCUGGACAAUGCGUGUGUGUAGAAUCAUGCGCGUAUAGUUUGUGCCGCAUUGCAUAGGUCAAACUGGAAACGUCAGCACUCCAAAUAGAAAUGUUUUACGAGAAUUGGAACUGAUUGGAAGGGAAGUGGCAGCUCGUUAUUCGUAUGCGCAGUAGCGUUUCUCCACGGUCUAAUUUUGUUUCGGCGUAAAAAUUUUAUAUACGCUUAUAGAAACCAACGACAAAAAUGUCAUACGAACGAGAUUUAAAUUCCGGAGCGCCGGUCGUGGAUCUUAUUAAAGGCGGCCUGGUACCUGGAAAAAUGGUAAGAGUUAGAGGGAAAGUUAGUUCGAAUGCCGCAUGGUUUCCUGUCAGUUGUCAAUGUGGACCAACGUUGAAUCCAAGCGACGGCGUAGCUAUCAAGGUUUACCCAACCUUUCCAGACAGACCCAGCGAACCCAUGUGGAUUAAAGCCGGAGAAGAAUUUGAGGUUUUGCUUCUCUGCAAUUUUACUUGGUACAAGAUUGCCAUAAACGGCAGACACUUCGCAGAGUUUGAAUAUCAGAAAAUAACGCAGUUGGUUAUCGAGUGUGACGUGGAAAUAGAAUCUGUAACGUACGAGGACGUGUCCAUUGGUCCAUAUAGCUCUCCCAGAGCCGCGCCUUUGCCAGAUGUACCCGCACCUAAUUUUGGACCGCCACCACCCAGUGGAUUAUAUCCAUCGAUAGGUCCGCAAACUCCGCAAGGUGGAUACGGCCCGCCUCCUCUAAUCGGCUAUGGUCCUCCGCCUAAUACGUUCGGUAGACCUCCAUAUGGUCCCCCAAAUAUGCCUGGUUACCAACCUGGAUACGAAAAACCACAAGAAGAGAAUAUAUUUGGUGCCUGUUUGGACAAAGUGGGUUUGGCAUUAGGAGGAUUGGUUGCUGCGGGAGGCAUAGCCACUGCUGCUCACGCAUUGCAGAAAAAAAAGGAGGAAGAUCCGGAAAAGGAGCAAGAGAAAUCGGAUGCUUCCAAGUCGAAAACAGAAUCUGAGGGAGGUUUGGGGAACCUUGGAUCACUCGGUGCAGCUUUAGCGAGCAGCUUGAUGACUAAUGCUUUACAAAGUAACACAAACGCGCAGCAAGAGUAUCCUCAAGAAUCGGGUGGCGGCGGUGUAUUAGGCUCUAUUCUCGGGGCAUUAGGUGGUAAUAGUGGAGCACCUCCGCGCCCACAAAACCAGCCAGCGUCUGAUCCGCUAUCAGGAGCUUUGGGAUCCAUUAUAGGUGGUGUUUUCGGAGGCGGUGGAAACCAACAACCUGGAUAUCAAGCUCCAGGAAAUUAUCAACCGUCCGGUGGUUAUUCUAACCAGCAAUCGAAUUCGGGUCCAGAUCUUUUGUCCGGAAUAGGUUCCGCGAUCGGUCAGUCUCUGUUAAACUCUGCUAUAGAGGGUCUAAGCAAACAUGGAAAAGAUAAGAAUCACGGAGAGAAUCGUACAACUCCGCCGCCAACUUAUACGCCAAGUAGUCCGCCGUUUACGCAGUCCGCUCCACCUGCUCCACCUGCUGAACCUGCUGAUAGUCCCGCUUCGGGACAUAAAUUAACUGCGGAUGAAAUUUCGAAGGGUUUAGGUUUGGACGAUUAGCAUAAAUUGAAAUAAAAGCCCGCGUAAAAGAUAGAACAGGUUUUAUGCUCUUAAAUCGUCUUAUAAUUUACGAUACACUGUGCUAUGUUGAAUGUGAACAGUUAAUGUAUUACGAAUGCACAGUAUUAUUCAUUCUAAAAACGUUGAACGUUAAAGGCAGCUUGUUUAAUUUUGAGCAUAGAACAUUUUAACGAAUAAUGUAAAGAAAAGUUAGUGUAAAAUGCCCGAAUCUCAUAUUGAACAAAUUACGAAUACAUAUUAAUUGAUAUUUUGUAUAUAAAUUAUUUAUUUAAGACAAUUCCGGUUCAAAUAUGCUUUUACAGAGUAUUACAUGCCUUGAAGGGGUAUUCUAGCGUGAAUCGUUGAAAAAAUGAUAUUUUUUUUUUUGCAUUUUCUUAAAGAAUAUAGGUUGAAAAAUGUAUUUGCUAUUGUUGUCGUUAUAGGGAUACAAAACUUUUAAAGCGUUUCUCUCGAAACUAUGUUUAUCAGAACGGUGUCCAUGAAUUAUCGACUGUUUUCUUUUGCUACCGACUAUAGCCGAACUCGUACUAAUUAAGAAUCUUACGCAUUUUUUCGUUUCAUACAAAUAGAACCAGGAGACUAUGAAGUGCCACCAAUUUUAAUUUUUUACUCGUUCAAAAGAUUUCCCGAGUUUAAGCAAAUGCACCUCAAACUAGAAGACCCUCUUAGGCAAGAAUUAGAAACGUAACAGAGUAAAAUAUUUGUUGUACAACCUUUCCAAUCUUUACAGUUCGAUGUUCAAAUUAGGUUGAUGUUUUGUAAGAUUUAUUAUAUGUUUAUAAAUGUACCGAUGGCCUUACAAGAAUAUAUAAGCUUAUACAUGCUUAUUGAAGAGAA